UGCGAACAUUGGAAGAUUUUAUAAAUAGAUAAUUCCAAACAUAAAUGUCUAUAGAGACAAAUGAAAUAAGUAAAACUGAAAAUAAAAGUAUAUACAAAGGAAAUUUUCUAUUCUAUUCUCCAAAAUAUAAAAUUAGUAUACCCAAAAUGGGUCUAAUAGACACUAAAACUGUGGACUCUACAGCCAAUGUAAUAAAUAAAGUAGAAGUCCAAAAUGCAGACUUGUUCUGGAUAACCAUAAUACUAAUUGUAAUUGCAUUAAUUAUGGUAUCCAAUGCAUUAAUAAAAAUAUACAAACUGCAUAACAAGUGUCUUAAGAAACGAAAUAUAUACAAAUGAAUAAAUUUGAAGUUAUGAGUAUACCACAGCAUGGACUGGGAAAAGCUUGUUGAUCAGAUAAAAGAUCCAAAUGAAAAUUUCAGAAAAUCCUAUAAGUGCUUAACGCAAAACAGAUCAACACAAGCUGUAACAAUCAAUAGGAAUGCCCAAGUCUUGGUAAAUAGUUAUAAUGAAAUCAGAGAGUUGAUCCAACAAAAUAGAAAGAAUUUGGAACGCAAACAGUGUGCUAAGGCUUUAAACCUACUGGUGACAUUAAGAGAAAAAUUAAUAUUUAUAAAAAAUAAAUUCAGUCUCCAGAUAGAAAUUCCAACCAUAGUAAACACCCCACUAAGAAUAAAUUUGAAUGAAGACAGCACUAACUCUGACGAGGAAGAUAGGACUAUAGUCAAGGAAGACAUUAAAGAGGAAGAUCUUCACGAUCUAACUAUACCAGCAAAAUUAAUGCUGAAGAACGACGAUAAAACAAAUAACGCAGCCGACUCCGAAAAUAACUUAACCAUGGCAGAAGAAGCAGCUGCCAUUAGGUCUUACAUUAGGGAAGUCGCCUGCACAGUGCCAGAAUUUGAUGGGCAAAAGAUCCAUUUACAAAGAUUCAUUAAGGCAAUCAAAUUGGUAGACCUAGCUAAGGGACCAUUUGAAGACAUUGCAGUUGAGGUCAUUAAGUCAAAAAUAGUUGGCACAAUUUUGAACUCAGUUGACAAUGAAACGACAAUUCCAGCAAUUAUAAACAAAUUGCAGAAAGUAGUUGUCGGUGAGACAUCCAGUAAUGUCAAAGCAAAGCUAGCAACAGUUCAGCAGAGAGGUAAAACUGCAACGCAAUUUACCGCUGAAGUUGAUAGCCUGAGAAAACUUUUAGAAGCUUCCUAUAUCGAUGAGGGUAUACCUCUAGAACAUGCCACUGGUCUAAGCACCAAAGAGGCAAUUGAAACCAUGAUACAUCGUGCUGAGCACGAAAGUAUCAAAACAGUACUGGAAGCAGGGACUUGCACCACUAUGGAUGCAGCGAUAAGCGCAUACAUAAGAACGAGUACAAGAGUUACCGGUGACAUCAAUAAAGUGAUGUACUUUAGAGGUAACAGACCCAAUAGAGGAUACGGAAAUGCCAAUAGAGGUAGUAACCGCGGUAGAGGCUUUAAUAACAAUAGUAUUAGAGGCAACUACCAUAACGGUUACCAAAAUAACGGUUACCAAAAUAACGGUUACCAGAAUAACGGUUAUCAAAACCGCUAUAAUGGAAAUAAUAACCGUUAUAAUGGCUAUAACAGAGGCCGUUAUAAUGGAAACAGAGGCCGUAACAACAGUCAGAACAACUACAACAGAAACAAUGCCAAUGUACGAGUAAUCCAAGAACAGGGAAACUCGCAACAGCCUUUAGGUACUCAGUAGAAGAAGAUCGUAGAGUAUACACCAUCAAUUAUAAUCUCAACAUAUUUUCUACAUUCAUUCAUGCCAAAACAGGCGUAAAACUAGUUUUUCUACUUGAUACAGGUGCAGAUAUCUCUAUUCUCAAAGAGAACUCUGACAAAUUUUCUAAUAUUCAAAUAACCAAUAAAAUAAACAUUCAAGGCAUAGGCCAACAGAAAAUUCAGUCUCGAGGACAGACUUUUAUUGAGAUACAGACAGGUAAAUACGUUAUCCCACACGAUUUUCAUUUAGUAGAUAAAAACUUUCCAAUACCGUGUGAUGGAAUAAUCGGAAUAGAUUUCAUAAAAAAAUAUAAUUGCCAAAUCGAUUUAAACCAAGAAGAAGAUUGGUUUAUAAUUAGACCAAACAAUUUGAAAUUUCCAAUAUAUAUUCCCAUAGCAUACAGCUCUGGUAUUAACACAACGUUAUUACCAGCAAGAUCCCAAGUUGUCCGAAGAUUAAUAGUAUCAUCAAAAGAUGAUAACAUUUUAAUUCCAAACCAGGAAAUUCAAACUGGUAUUUAUGUUGCAAAUACAAUCGCAACAUCAAGUAAUACAUUUGUCCGAAUUUUAAAUACAACCGAUUCCGACCAAUUAGUCAAUAUGGACACUCUAAAAUAUGAGCCACUUUCGAACUACAAUGUAGUUCAGGCAAAUAGUGAACACAGAAAUAAAACUGUCUUAUCUCAAUUAAAGAAAAAUUUCCCCGAAUUGUUUAAAUCACAAUUAGAAAAUAUAUGCAGCGAAUAUAUAGAUAUAUUUGCAUUAGAAUCAGAACCUAUAACAGUUAAUAAUUUUUAUAAACAACAGUUGAGAUUAAAAGAUGAUGAACCAGUAUACACGAAAAAUUAUAGAAGUCCUCAUAGUCAAGUGGAAGAAAUACAAGCCCAAGUUCAGAAAUUAAUAAAAGAUAAAAUAGUUGAACCAUCAGUUUCACAGUACAAUAGCCCUUUGCUAUUAGUACCCAAAAAGUCAAGCCCGAAUUCUGAUAAAAAGAAAUGGAGAUUAGUAAUAGACUAUCGCCAAAUUAAUAAGAAACUUUUAGCUGACAAAUUUCCACUACCGAGAAUAGAUGAUAUUUUGGACCAACUUGGUCGAGCAAAAUAUUUCUCCUGCCUUGAUUUAAUGUCAGGUUUUCAUCAAAUCGAACUGGAUGAAGGCUCGAGAGAUAUAACAUCUUUCUCAACCAGCAAUGGCUCAUAUCGUUUCACGCGAUUGCCAUUUGGCUUAAAAAUAGCGCCUAAUUCAUUCCAAAGAAUGAUGACUAUAGCAUUCUCCGGAAUAGAACCGUCUCAAGCAUUCCUUUAUAUGGAUGACUUAAUAGUCAUAGGUUGUUCCGAAAAACAUAUGCUUAAAAACCUCACUGAAGUUUUUGGUAAAUGCAGGGAAUACAACCUAAAGUUACAUCCUGAAAAAUGUUCAUUUUUCAUGCAUGAAGUCACAUUUUUGGGACACAAAUGCACAGACAAAGGAAUUUUGCCGGAUGACAAAAAAUAUGAUGUCAUUCAGAACUACCCAGUUCCACAUGAUGCGGAGAGCGCUAGACGUUUUGUAGCAUUUUGCAAUUACUACAGACGUUUUAUCAAAAAUUUCGCCGACUAUUCGCGGCACAUAACAAGAUUAUGUAAAAAGAAUGUUCCAUUCGAGUGGACAGAUGAAUGUCAAAAAGCAUUCAUACAUUUAAAAUCUCAGCUAAUUAACCCAACACUCUUGCAGUACCCAGACUUCAGCAAAGAAUUUUGCAUAACAACAGAUGCAAGCAAGCAAGCGUGUGGCGCAGUUUUAACUCAAAACCAUAAUGGCCACCAACUCCCAGUUGCUUAUGCAUCCAGAGCUUUUACGAAAGGUGAAAGCAAUAAGAGUACAACAGAACAAGAGUUAGCAGCAAUUCAUUGGGCAAUAAUACAUUUCAGACCAUACAUUUACGGAAAACAUUUCACUGUGAAAACAGACCAUAGACCAUUGACAUAUUUAUUCUCGAUGGUGAACCCCAGCUCUAAAUUAACUAGAAUAAGGCUUGAACUAGAGGAAUAUAAUUUUACAGUAGAGUAUCUAAAGGGCAAGGACAAUCAUGUAGCAGAUGCGUUAUCAAGAAUAACCAUCAAAGAGCUAAAAGAUAUAACUGGAAAUAUAUUAAAAGUCACUACAAGAUUUCAAAGUAGACAAAAAUCCUGCGCAGGAAAAGAACAAUUGGAUUUGCAAAAGCAAACCAAAGAAAUAGCUUCAGAGCCCAACGUAUACGAAGUCAUAACAAAUGACGAGGUACGAAAAGUAGUGACAUUGCAAUUGAAUGACUCGAUAUGUUUAUUUAAACAUGGAAAGAAAAUUAUUGCAAGAUAUGAUGUUGGUGAUCUUUAUACUAAUGGAAUUCUUGAUUUAGAUCAAUUUCUCCAAAGGCUUGAAUUGCAGGCCGGUAUAUAUGAUAUCAGCCAAAUCAAAAUGGCACCGUGGGAAAAAAUCUUUGAACACGUUUCAAUAGAUAAAUUUAAAAAUAUGGGCAAUAAAAUAUUAAAGAAUUUAAAAGUAGCGCUACUUAACCCGGUGACCCAAAUAAAUAAUGAAAAAGAAAAAGAAGCUAUAUUGUCUACAUUACAUGAUGAUCCAAUACAAGGAGGGCAUACAGGCAUUACAAAAACCUUGGCCAAGGUCAAAAGACAUUAUUACUGGAAAAAUAUGAGUAAAUACAUAAAAGAGUACGUAAGAAAAUGUCAAAAAUGUCAAAAAGCAAAAACAACAAAGCACACAAAGACUCCAAUGACGAUAACUGAAACACCAGAACAUGCUUUCGAUAGAGUUGUUGUGGACACAAUUGGUCCACUACCCAAGUCAGAAAAUGGUAACGAGUACGCAGUCACUCUCAUAUGUGAUUUAACCAAGUACUUAGUUGCCAUACCAAUA